AUGUCUAUCAAAGCCGCUGAGCAACUGGAACAGUUCAAACUCCAAGCGAAGCUGAAGGAAGAGAUAAGGAGACAGUUGCGCAUGGAUGAAGAACAGCGACGUCGUGAACGAGAGAGGAAACAGUUGCGCAUGGAUGAAGAACAGCGACGUCGUGAACGAGAGAGGAAACAGUUGCGCAUGGAUGAAGAACAGCGACGUCGUGAACGAGAGAGGAAACAGUUGCGCAUGGAUGAAGAACAGCGACGUCGUGAACGAGAGAGGAAACAGUUGCGCAUGGAUGAAGAACAGCGACGUCGUGAACGAGAGAGGAAACAGUUGCGCAUGGAUGAAGAACAGCGACGUCGUGAACGAGAGAGGAAACAGUUGCGCAUGGAUGAAGAACAGCGACGUCGUGAACGAGAGAGGAAACAGUUGCGCAUGGAUGAAGAACAGCGACGUCGUGAACGAGAGAGGAAACAGUUGCGCAUGGAUGAAGAACAGCGACGUCGUGAACGAGAGAGGAAACAGUUGCGCAUGGAUGAAGAACAGCGACGUCGUGAACGAGAGAGGAAACAGUUGCGCAUGGAUGAAGAACAGCGACGUCGUGAACGAGAGAGGAAACAGUUGCGCAUGGAUGAAGAACAGCGACGUCGUGAACGAGACGGGUUGUCCUUGCAGAGGAAACAGUUGCGCAUGGAUGAAGAAGAGCGACGUCGUGAACGAGAGAGGAAACAGUUGCGCAUGGAUGAAGAACAGCGACGUCGGUGA